AUGGUGUGCGAUGGUGGCGCCAUGCUGUGCCUGGAGUCUCUGAUGGCGCGCUGGCGGGAGCGGGGGGAGCGGGAGCGAGAGGGGGAGCGACGGGCGCGCUCGCGCAGCCUGUGCUCGUCUGCUGCUGACGGCAGCCUGCUGCAACUCUUGCACAGGCGGGCUAGCAGUGCCAUUUCGUCAGCAAGUGAGCUGAUCUCCAGACGGGGCGUCUUCUCUCGAAGGCAAUAUGGAUCCGUUGAACAGUUGUCGGGGAGCAGCGACGCGGCUGGCGCCUUGGACGCGGUGGCGCGGCGGUACCGACUCGAGAAUGGGAACUCAUUGGGAGAAAAGGACGAGUUGUUUGGACCACCGAGCGCACCGGUUCUGGAGAAUCCUGAAUUCCAAACAAGAUGGUACUUCAAAUACUUUCUCGGUAAAAUGCACCAGAAUUACAUAGGAGUGGAUGGUGCGAGGGAGCCUUAUUUACUGAGCGUGGUGCAGGAGGGUGGUGCGGGCCUUCUACGUGCAAUACUCUUCAACAAAAUGGGCGCCCACAAGAUCUACCUACCCCCUAGCGCCUGGACCAGUGGGGGCAGUCAGGCGCCUACCAGGCCAACAGUCAAACAGAUACUGGCACAGUUUGCUUCGAUGGAAAGGGUGGACAAAGUGCCAAGAGAAAUCACAUGUGCAGAGUUGCAAAAAGACAUUCUUUUGCUAGAAGAGCAGGAAGGCUCAGUGAACUUCAAGAUCGGCGUCAUGUUGAUGAAACCAGUACAGAAGACUGACGACGAAAUGCUUUCCAAUGAAAAGGGCGACGAGAAAUGGGACCGAUUUAUAUCACUUUUGGGCGACAAAAUUCGAUUACGAGGCUGGAACCGGUUCCGAGGAGGACUAGAUGUCAAAGGUGACAUGACUGGCAGCCAUUCCAUUUACACGAUGCAUCAAGGCCACGAGAUAAUGUUCCAUGUCUCCACGAUGUUGCCCUUCUCCAAAGACAAUAAGCAACAGUUGGAAAGGAAGCGACACAUCGGCAACGACAUCGUAAACAUCGUGUUCACGGAGGACUCCGUGCACAACACCUUCAACCCACAGUGCGUCAAGAGCCACUUCACUCACAUAUUCGCCGUCGUGUCCGAAGUGGAAGGCGAGGGAUACAGGCUGAGCGUGUACAGCGAUGACACCGUUCCUCCAUUCGGGCCUUCUCUGCCGUGCCCGCCCAUCUUCAACGACCCACAGCUGUUUAGGGAAUUCUUAUUGGUGAAACUGAUGAACGGAGAGAAAGCAGCGUUCCAGACGCCGACAUUCGCGCUAAAGAGGCAGCGCACACUCGACACUCUUAUCCGGGACAUCUACGCCGAACACUGCUCUGAUCAUAAGGUGCCAAUGCUAUCCCGCCGCGCGCUCUCAGACGUGUGGUCCGGCGGCGCCGGCGCAGGCGGCGCGGGUGCUGCGCGUACGGAGCGAUUCCUACACGUGGGGCAGGCGCUGAAACUGGAUGCAGUGUUGCGGGGCGACGCUCCUACGAGUCUUGUUUCUAUGGGUUCUGGAGGUUCUCGCCGAGCGCCUUGGGAAGGUCGCGUGUGGAGAUCAGCACCACUGCCUGCGACUCCAGUCUGUGCAGAACAAAUGACGGAAGGCCGCCUGCUAUUGUCUACAACGUCCAAUACUUAUAUUUUAGAAGAGAGCGGAACAACUAGAGUGGUCCUCAGAUGGGAAGGUUGCGUCCGAAUGGCUCGGGUGAGCGAGCGAGCUGGUCUGUUCAGAGUAGGGGCCCGCGUGGUAGCCGGAGGGGGGUCCACGACAGGCGGCGCGGGGGGCGCGGGCUUGUAUGCGCUGCCCAUACAGGAGCUAUGCGCAGGGGCAUGGGCUAUGAGGCCGCUGCAGGACUGUAAGCACGCCAGGCUGCCGCGCACGAAGACUGCACACUGCUUUGAUUUGCUUGAAUCUGGAGAGAGCGGUAAAACAACGCUUGCUGUAGCGAUCGGUAGAAGAGUUAUGCUUAUGAUUGAAGAAUCCAAGACUGAUAGUGAAAUGGGAUUCGAAUACACACAUAUCAAGGAUAUCCAAUUAAGUGAAUCGCCUAUAUUAAUAAAACUGAUGGACGGAGAAGUAGGGGUAAUGGUAGUCGGCUACAAGCACCAUUGGGAAGUUUUAGAAUCCAGUAAUGGACAGACCGUAAAACGAGCGGACACCUCGGAAGACAGUGGACCCCGUCGUGGAACCCUCGUCAACGCUUUACGCAUCGGGGACGAAAGAGACGGCCAAAUAGUUUUAUGUUACAAUCAUACAUGCCACUUCGAAAGACUAACCAGCAAAGGGUUGGAGAGCGACGGCGAAUAUGAUUUCCAUUGGACGACUGUGCCAGCAGCAGUAGUGUGCGCAUUUCCAUACAUAAUGGCGUUUGCGGAAGACCUCUUAGAGAUACGACUGGUGGCCAACGGCUCGCUGGUACACGCUGCUUGCAUUCCGGGACUAAAACUGUUGUGUGGACGAAGAGACAUCUUCUACGUGGCUUGCGCACCCGAGUACGUUCCCCUGAGCCGGGAAAUCGACCCGUGCCUCGCCAUGCACGAGUACGAGCUGGCGCGCCAGAUGAGCAAGUGCGGGCCCUACUCGCUGGACGAGGACGAAAACAACGACAACCGAGGCGAAGGCUGCAACCAGAACAACAGAACCCCAGAAAACAACUCCGAGUCGAGCCGCAGCAGCUCCAUCUCGUCGGAGCAGGAGAACAUGCGACCGCCGCUGCAGCGCAUGGCGCCCAUAUCGCCGCCCAGUUCACCUCAAGUGUUGCCAGAAAACAGCGGGCGUUGCGUGCGCAUAUACAAGAUCCCACAGAGCAACUUGAGCGCUGGCGCAUACCAGCGGCAAUCCGUCUCGGCGGACCAAGUCGUGACCUCGUACUUCUCCGACAGACCAAACAGCAUCAGGCAAAGACUAGCGGAAUUAAGACUGGACAGCAAAUCACGGGGCGGAGGCGACGACGAGACCCUCUAAACCGUUCCCAACUGGACCCAUACUUAGUUAUCGAAUACGGAACCAGGUGCACAAUUUUAAAUAAUAUUAUAUACAAAAUACUAAUUAAUGUUGUUACAUAAUUUGUUGCUGUAUACCAAUAUUGACGUUUUAGUUCGAGUAGUCAUGUUUACGUAGACGUUGGUGUAGAUACUAGAUGAAUUAAAAUAAGUAGAAUGAUUGAAAACCUUGUGAUAUAUGAGUGAUCGUGCGCAAAUGAAUUUCAGUAGAACGAAUCGAGUAAAUAUACUACAUACAUGCAUAAAAUUCAUUAUUGAAAAUAAAAUAAUGUUGUAUUUUAAUAUUGAUAGGUUGAUGAUAUUGUAUUAAAUAGCAUUAUGAUAAAAUACUUUAAAAUAUUUAUAAAUCAAUAAUUUAGCUUCAUGUUUCGUUUGGAAAUCAUCAUAAGUAUACAUACUUAUUACAUCUUCGUAAUUAUAAGAUCCUUUAUUGUUAUUCAACUUGAAUGAAACAUAAUUUAAAAACGUUAUAAACUCUAAAUUUAAGUAAAAAUAUUCUACUAAGGAAAUCUAUCGAAUGAAUUACAAUUAUAUGCACAAAUAAAUUAUUAUGCUCAAAUCAUGAAUUACUCAUACUUUGAACAUAACAUAAUGAUCAAGUUAAAAUUUUAGUCAUUCACAUAGAUUGUUCUGAUGUUGAAUAUAAAAUUUGGAUUAUAAAUUGUAUUUGUGAGAACGAUCUAAAUAUAUUUUUAACAUCUACAAAGAUAUACAAUGUUGUAGAAAAUUAUUCUUCUCAAUAACAUCGGAAAUAAAAUAAUAAUAAGAUACCUUUAUACCUAGUCUAGUCAAGGCAAAUGCGACAUGUAAGACAGAAAGUGAUGUAUAAUAGUUUUAUAUAGUAGGAACAAUAUAAUCUUAUUAAUACGUCUACUCGACAACAGAAAAGAAGUGCCAUCCAAAUAUUUGGUUAUCUUUCUAGAUUUGUAUAAAUAAAUAUAAUAAAUAAAACUGUAAUAUUUUGCGAUGCAAGAGAAUUGAAAUCUUAUUUAAGGAUUAAUACAGUCUUAUCUUCAAUGUACAUAAGAAGCAUUUAGUAUUACUUUAAUGAUGAUGUUAUUAAUCAUUACCCUAUUAUUAUUCGGAAUAUUAUGCAACUAUUCAUCGUUAGAUUAGUAGGACGUGUUUCGAUGUUGAGUGUACAACUGGAAUGUAAGUUAACCAAAGAGGAAAAGAACCAAACUGAUAGGAACUAAGUCUACAUAGGAUAUUUGUGUAUUUGCUGAUGAAUAUUUAUAAGUCCUAGGUCAACAUUUUAAUGUGUAGAAAAAAUUAAAAGAAUAAUAAUAUGAUGGAAAAAUUACUGUAUUUCUGGUGUCUUUUUAUGUAGUGAACAAACAUUAAAUUGUACUUGUGUUUUAAAAACAAAAAUUAUUUUAUAAUAUUGUUAUAAUGCAAAGAUUACAAAAACGAGGGACUAGUAGUAUUUACAAUUAGUUCAACAUUACAGAGAAACGAAAAUAAUUUAUUUUAAUUAUUGGUAAAUAUACGAAUAAUAUAUUAACUAUUAUAUGUAUUUCUACACAAAUAGGAAUACCACGAUACCAGAAUCUCAUAGAAUAUGCACGUAAAUAUUUUAGUAUGUACUAUAAUAAUAAAUAAACAUAAAAAACAAAAAUAUAUGACACAUGAAUGAUGGCAAUUUGAAUGGGCCUACCAUCAUACCUAAAUUUGCAAUUCUUGUUUCCAUAAAUUGUGAUAAAUAAAAAACCAAAUUAUAUGUAUAAAAUAUAAAAACUCAGAUUAUAAUAAAGAAUAUAUAAAAUAUAUACAAAAUAAUAUUAGUAGAUGAGUCAUACUGGAGUUGAUAUUUACGAUUGUAAUUUAUUCAUUGAUGUCAGCUGUUCCAAACAGAUAUAUACCUAUACAAAUUAGGGUUUUACUCUGUUAUUUUCUCUGAGGUUUAAAUAAAUGUCUGUUCAAUA